GUACGCGGGAAUUUUGAGAUCGCAGUGUUUACUUUGCAGGGAUGCAGCAAGAGUUGUUUACGCAAGAAAUCUGCUAUUUUUAAUUUUCUGUGAAAGCAUAUGUGAGAACCGUUUGGAUGACCGUAGCAACUGGAGAAUAUCUGCUUCUGGACGAAUUACGUUUGAAAGCGGUGGCUAUCUUUAUAUGCAGUUGUCACAGUGAUGUGAGGGGUUUUUAAGAUUUGAUAUCAGUAGAGCUGCUUUAUGUUAUUGGAUUCUCCGAAUAUUAUUUAUUUAUUUAUUUACUUACUUACGGUCCACGAUGAUUAAGUGUAAAUCCAGAAAAUCUUCCAUGGUCACUGGAGUUCAGUCAAAUAUUUCUGCCUUUUUUGUCUCAAAGGUUUCACCAAAGUCACCUAAAAAAAUUGCAGCUGGGAUCACAAGAUUCCCCGUUUCAUUGAAGACUGGUUUUGUGGAGGAUAAAAAUGUCCCCUGCUCUCCAACCCCUUUUGCUGUUCCAGAGACGCCUGACAGUCUGAGGAGUGAGAACCCUUCAGACACUUCAUAUGAGAACCGCUCACCUGUCUCCCGUGACCUACAUUCUAAAGGUGUCAGGGGUAAACCAAGCCUGAUGGCACGUAAGCUGAUGCAGCCACAGAAAAACAGCAGUCCAGAGCCAGAGGAAACUUUUGAGCUUAAGAAUGGCCUGAGUCACUCUGGCUCUGUGAAGAGGUUGUUGCACAGCUCAGAGAACAUCCAGAGUGCCAAACGGUCCAGGACCAUGCAAGUUCAGAAACUACCUGAUUGUGAUGCAAGCUCUCCAGGGGCCAAUCCAAAUGCAUUUUCAAAGAGUCCUGAGAAAAAAAUGAAAGCUGAGUCUGUCAGUUUUGAGAGUAGCCGAUUGACAACUGGGUCUUGUGUGACAAUGAAUAGAAAAACAAAUGGUUUCUCAAAACCCUCAAAAAAAUCCUCUCAACAUCUGAGCUUUAAUACAAGUGAAAAAGAAAAUUCACUUGGUGUAAACCUGAAGCCGGACAUGAGUACGGUUUCUGGAACGAAUGACUUUGAUCUUGUGAUGUCAUAUAGUUCAUGGAUACAAAAUGGAUCUACUGAAGACAAAGAGACUUUUCUCAACUGUCCAGUUACUAAGAAGAGACCCUUGAAUACUGCUGAUCUGCAAGCGAAAGACAAAAUUGCUGAUGGAAAAACUUUGCCAGUCCCAUUUGAAGAUGAUUUUACUGAUCUGAUAGACGAUAGGUUUGAUGAUGGCAUGGAGCAAAAAUCGGAGGCGUCAAAACCCAAGAAGUUCAGUCAUGAAAAAAACAAAUGUAUACCAGAGCAUGUUAUACUGGCCUCUGGUGUUCAUAACCGAUACUGGGUACUGGAUGUACGGGAUAUCACCUCAUCACGAAGUUGCACGGAGAAGCACUUAACCAUCACCUGCUCCAAGACGACACAGUCCAGAGAGACCUGUAUUCUCAAAGAUGGCUGGGAGAGUACUUCGGUUGCUGUUGGGGACAUCGUUCAUUUGGAAGGGAGGUGUGUUUCUGGCUUGUGGACGAUUGAUAGAGACUCUGGUUUCCUGGUUCUGCUGCCUGACCUGCUGAUAUCGGGGACCAGCAUUGCCAGCAGUAUUCGCUGCAUGAGGCGAGGGGUGCUGGGAGAGAUGUUUAAGGCAUUUGAUGGUGGAUCUAAGCAGAUGUUAAAUGGUACCAUAGUUCAUGAUAUCUUCCAAAAAGCAGCCAUGUCCUCAGAUUUCUCCCUAGAGAGGAUACAGACAUUUGCUGCAGGGGCCCUAAGAAACCCCAACUACCUCAGACAAAUGUAUAGUCUAAAGCUGACCCAGGCUGACAUGAAACAGGAAGUAGAAGAAUAUCUUCCCUCUUUAUCUGAGUGGUCAAAACACUACCUCCACACUUCACCACAGGCUGGACAAAAGCAGCUCACUCUCAAACUCCCUAGUGACGGGGCUCUGAGCAAGCAAGAUGCCACCUGUAGCGUGACAGUCACAGAUUUUGCGGACAUCGAGGAGAACAUCUGGUGUCCACGUUUUGGCCUGAAGGGGAAGAUAGAUGUCACAGCUAGAGUUAGGAUUCAUCGGAGAGGCAGAAAGCCCACAGAGAGGAUUGUGCCACUGGAGCUGAAAACCGGCAAGGAGUCCAACUCCAUUGAGCAUCGCAGUCAGGUUAUUCUGUACACUUUGAUGAGCUCAGCUAGACGUUGUGAUCCAGAGGCAGGUUUCCUUGUCUACUUGAAGACUGGCAGUCUACAUCCUGUUGUGGGCAACCACAUGGACAGGAGAGAGCUGAUUAAAAUAAGAAACUCAUUGGCCCAUCACAUCGGAAACAACCUUACUAAGGUGGAUGGAAGAAGUCAAAUGGCCCUAUUGCCUGCCAUUGUAUCUGACCAGCAGACAUGCAAGUACUGUCCUCAGAAAAGGAACUGUGCAGUUUACAACAGAGCUGUUGAGAGAGCUUCUGUGGGGAACUUCCACAGUGAAGAUCCACAGGCCUUUGUGCAGUCGGAGAGCGAGCACCUCAGCCAUGUGCACCUCCAGUACUUCAACCACUGGCUGCUGCUCUGCACGCUGGAGGCUCUCACCAUGGAGAACAAAGGAGGUCGGCGCAAUAUCUGGCUUCAGACUGCCCAGCAGAGGGAGAAAAGUGGUGGCUGCGCGGGUAACAUGCAGUUAGCUGGAGAUGUCAGCAUCCUGUCUGAAGGUGUAUAUAAGCACAGCUUUGUGAGGAAGGAGGGCGAUCAGACUCUCACUGGGCUGAUAGUGGGUGACAGGAUUGUGGUCAGUGAUCAGGACUCGUUGCUUAUAGGCCUUGCCACAGGAUAUGUCACAGAAAUAACUGUCAGUGGAGUGACUUGCUCUUUGGACAAAAACAUUUUUAAGUAUUCCUCAAACACAGUUUUCCGACUGGACCAGGAUGAAGGUGUAGGCGGUCUUAGCACCCAUUUAGGAAACCUGUCUAUGUUAAUGGAAAACACUCCAACCAGUGAAAGACUGAGGAAGUUGAUUGUGGAAUUCAGGCCUCCCCAGUUCAUUGACAGCCUCAGCAGUGUUUUGCCACGAGACGCCAAGGACACUGUGGCCAACAUUCUGAAAGGGCUCAACAAACCCCAGAAACAAGCCAUGAAAAAAGUGCUACUAUCCAAAGAUUACACACUUAUUGUGGGAAUGCCAGGUACUGGGAAAACUACCACCAUCUGUACACUGGUGCGUAUACUCCAUGCUUGUGGCUUCAGUGUACUUCUGACUAGCUACACCCACUCUGCUGUGGACAACAUCCUCCUGAAACUAAAGAGGUUUAAGAUUGGCUUCCUGCGACUGGGUCGUUCACAAAAGGUGCACCAUGACAUCCUGCCCUUCACAGAGGAGUCAUGUCGGGCCAAAGGCAUCCAAACACUAGAAGAGCUGGAACAACUGUAUAACAAAGAACUGAUUGUGGCCACCACCUGUAUGGGUGUAAAGCAUCCAAUAUUCAGCCGUAGACGCUUUGACUUCUGCAUCGUGGAUGAGGCAUCUCAGAUCAGUCAACCUGUAUGUUUAGGUCCGCUGUUCUAUGCCCAGCGCUUUGUCCUGGUGGGAGACCACCAGCAACUUCCUCCGAUUGUACAGAAUGCUGAAGCCAGAACACUGGGCAUGGAUGAGAGUUUGUUCAAACGUCUGGAGCACCAUAGUGAUGCAGUUGUUCAGCUGAAUGUGCAGUACCGAAUGAACAGUGCGAUCAUGUCCCUGAGCAAUGCUCUGAUGUAUGAAGGCCGACUGGAGUGUGGCUCUGAGAGGACGGCAAGCGCAGUGCUGCAGCUGCCUGGUAGAGCUCAGGUUGAGAAGGAGCUGGACCUGUUUGUGUGUCAGCCGCAGUACAGCGCUUGGGUCCAGGCUGCACUGGAGCCCAAUAGUCCUGUCUGUUUCCUGGACACCUCCGAGGUUCCCGCCCCUGAGACGGUGGAGAAAAGUGGUAUCAGCAACCACAUGGAAGCCAUAUUGGUACAAGCCCUUGUCACUCUGCUGCUCAAGGCUGGAUGCAGAGCGUCUGAUAUUGGGGUCAUUGCUCCAUAUCGACAACAGCUAAAAGCCAUCUCCAGUCUGCUGCAGGGAGAUGCCUUUAAAGCUCUGGAAGUCAACACUGUGGACAAAUACCAAGGACGUGACAAGAGCGUCAUCAUUGUGUCCUUUGUUCGAAGCAACCCUGAAGGCAACCUGGGUGAGUUGCUCCAAGACUGGCGCAGGCUAAAUGUGGCCAUCACUAGAGCCAAACACAAGCUCCUCAUGCUGGGCUCAGCGCCCACCCUUCGCCGGUACGCACCGCUAGAGAAACUUCUCUGCCACCUUCAAAAGGAAGAUAUGAUCUUCCAGCUGCCUGCUGCUGCCCAUGAGGCACUACCUGGAAUCCACUUGUGAUGAAAACAAAAACCUCUUCUGAUCCAUAGUGAACAUCAAAGACAAUGCUGUGAAACUUUUACUUGAAGAAAAUUUUAGGGAAAUUGUAUACAUAAGCUUCAGAUGACUAUAGACACCUUUUAUUUUGUUUUAAUAAAAGAUGCAAAGUUUAAUAAUAAAGUGCUGACAGGCCCUAGUGCAUAAUUACACUCAUGAGUUUCUUUACUCAAUUAAUUCCUACCUCAUGUUGCAUAAUUUUUAAAUUCAAUACAGUUUUAUCCAUGUAAGUGUUUUGUGUGUGUUUUAUCUAUUUUUUUGUGAAUUUAUAAAGUUUUGUUUAAUA